AUGACUUUCGUCCGACGUUUUUUCUCCCAGAAUUUGAAAGACGCCGCCCUGCAGCUGGUCGGCAUGGUCCUGAGCCUGUGGGCCCUGCCCAGUCUACACAUAAUGCUCAGGGUUGUCAGGGAGAGGCAGGCCCUUAAGCCCGAUACCUACCCGCAGAUGACUGAUUUGUUUUUGUCGGUCUUAUGGGCUCUGCUAUUCGCACUUGUACAACACUUCUCAAGGAAGGUACUGACGACCAUUGGAUAUAGGAUUAUCCCUAGGACGGCAUCCUGGUCUUUGGAGGUGUGGGCCGCUAAAGUGGGGAGGUUCUCCAACUCAGUAUACAAGCUAUUCGUUCACCUCUCAUUCACUUUAAUCCUACUCGUAGUGCUCCGUGACCAACCUUGGCUCCCACCGGUCAUGGGUGGACAAGGAUUCACAGUCUAUUGUUGGACCAACGGUUUCCCCUUCCAGCCGCCUGUUCCCGCUCUUACUAGGACCUACCAGGCCGUCAUAGGAUAUCUUAUGUGUGAGGCUGCAACCCAUAUGAUUCGGGAACGCGAUCGCCCGGAUUUUACGGAGCUUAUGUUACACAACUCCCUGGUCCUAUUGCUCACCGUAUGCUCCUACCUCGGCAACUACGUCCGAAUGGGGUCCUUGGUGAUGCUCUCCAACUUCGCCCCUGAUGUUAUUGUGUAUAUGGCUAAGUCGCUAGUGGACACACCCUGGUCCGGUGGGAUACUCAUAUACAUCCCUCUAGCGUUAACCUAUUUCUAUGGCAGACUUUACAUCUUCAUAGGGUACUUGUUCCGUUCCGUGUGGAUCGAGGCACCUAGGAUGGCCCCGGAGGAAAUACAGGAGUACUGGAGUUUCCUCGUCACCCUUCUGUGCGUAAUGCUGGUCAUGAACACUUACUGGUUCGUCAUGAUCCUUAAGAUUGGUUUAUUCAUCCUCUCCACUGGACAGAGUAGAGAUAUCCAAGCCAACCUGUCGGCUAUAGACUUGGAUAGUAAGAAGGCUGUUUUGUCUCCUCGUGCUGCGUCGGCUCGGAAUCAACACCCGCUGUCGGCUUCUGGGAAGAAAAAUAACAGAAAGAGCGAGUGA